ACCAACACUACCACAGUCUCACACGCGCUCGCGCACACGCCCCCCGCAUGACGUCGUCGUCGUCCCUCUUCUCGAGCGGCGGCGGGGCUGGCUCCUCAUCAGGUGCCAACGAAAGGGCCCGCAAAUCAGCCAUCUCCCUCGCCUUCUCCAAUGGCUCAGCAACUGGACCAAAUGCUCCUCUACGAGAUCGAUUGGCCGCUCGCUCUCGGGUCACCAAUCUGGGAAUUGUCCUCCUCCUUUCAGCCACAGCGUUGUCCAUGCUCCUCAACCUACGCUACCUCGCCCUAGGUGGUGCCUCUCGUCCACCGAGAGGCUUCGCAUCUUGGUCCUCUUUCCACGGGACAACGCCUGAUGAGCUCAAGGCUAACUUGCCCGCCCCACCGCCCGGGUCAAAUAGACUCGAUCAUCUCGUCAUUGUUACGGGACACGCUAUUUGGGCGGGAUGUGACUUUGAGGGCAGAAGUAAGGACGAGAAUUGGAUUCUGGAGCCCUAUCAGGUGGGAGGGAGCAUCGAGACUUACUGGAAGCACAUCGAGAAAGGUUUGGAGAUUGCGGAUGCCGAUCCCAAGGCGCUACUUGUCUUCAGCGGUGGCCAGACACGCACCGUCUCCCUCCAGACAGAAGCCGAGUCUUACUUCUCCCUCGCAAUCGCUUCGGGUAUGAACAUCCCCACGCUGCAAGGCUUCGACUUCUCCUUUAAUUCCACGUCCUCACACUCUCACAAGAGCAACUCGAAAGCAAUUAGCGCAAGCAGCGACGACGUCCUUGGCAAGGGAGCGCAUGCCAAUGCUGGAGUGCCAACGGCAAAGGGUCUGGCAGGCGUGAGGAUGACGACGGAAAACUUUGCUCUGGAUUCGUACCAGAACUUCCUCUUUAGCAUUGCGAGGUUCAGGGAGUACACCGGGGUCUACCCAGAGAGGAUCACCGUGGUCGGUUAUGGAAUGAAGAAGAGCCGAUUCGAGGAGUUGCAUGCCAAGGCGGUCCGCUGGCCGAUCAAGAACUUCGUACGUGGGCAGAAGCGGUUCCACUAUGUUGGCAUCGACGACCAAGGUGAUACCAAGCCGGAGUACGAGGGAGAGAAAAUCAAAGGCUUUGCCCUCUUCGAGCGAGACAUGUAUGGCUGCCAUGGACGUCUUCUCUCCAAGCGCCGCGAUCGAAACCCCACCCGACGGUUCCACCCUUACUACACCUCGGCGCCAGAGAUUGCCGAUCUUCUGAAUUGGUGCCCCGGAGACAAUUUGGGCCUCCAAGGAGUCUACAGGGAUAGCUUGCCCUGGGAUCUCAGAGUUGCAGGGGAGCUGAGUGGAUGGGGCAGGGCGACCACAAAGUUUAGGGAGGAGCAUCAGGGCAAGAGUGGGUGGAGCGGAGUAGGAGAUAGUCGAUGGCUGGACGUAGGCAGGGAGAGGCAGUAGUGCGAGCGCGCAGGAGGAAGCGCAAGCGCAUCUGGCAUUCAUUGCUUUUGCUUCACGCUCUGUUUUCUUUUUCGGGUUACCCACCAAUCUCACGCGCGUACGAUACGAUACGAGGACUAGAGGGCGAUAGGCAUUGCUACGGGCUGUAACCGCUCACAAGAAGCCCCAUGAGGAGUGCGGAUCGCGCUCUCGACGUCCUCCCUCCCUUCUGCUGGGCGACGGGGCAAAGUCGACGAGAUCACGUUGUCCCUCGCCCCUGAUCCCGCCUUUCGGACCUCUCCUCUCCCCGUCUCUCUUCCGAUGCCCUUCACGAGCAGAAGUUCCACGCUCUCGUCGGCGAGAUAAG